CACCGAGACAAUGACACUAGAGAAACUAUUUUUCAGCCAGUGGCAGCACCAACACGUCUCCCCGUCUCUUCACGAUUCUCCAACAUGGUCUCUCGGCCCCAGCCCCAAGGGCCACAGGACGCUUUUCCCUUCCACUGCACUUCUAGAAAGUGAUUAUUACAUUCAAAGGGAUUAACCCAUCACUGCAGGUAUAAAAGAGAGACUACCACGCCGCAGUUUUCUUGUUUUCGGUCGUCCUCUCGCUCGAUCCCUGCUGGUGGUGACGGUGAUUCCCAGACUCGACGGGGUCAGGGUGGGGAGAUUUCUCGUUUCAUGGGGCUGAGGCUCGGCCAUGUGGAACGCCGCCAUCUUUUGCGUGGUUUGCGGGGAAUCAAAAUGAAACCUCCAUUGUUCGAUUUUAUAUUUCUUGUUGUUUAUGUUUCAGUUUCUGUCAUAGUAUGCGAAGCAUCUGCUGGCAAUACCACAGAGGAAUCAACGAAAGAGAAGUCUUCGAACAAAGCCGACACCAAAAUGUUAGUCUAUCGUGCCAUUUUUAAGCAAAAGCGUUCUGAACAAACUUUUGCAGCGGAAAGUAUCCUCAAACUUGGCGACUAUUCUAAGCAGUAUCACAUGGUUGAGAUCGUCCUUGAAAAAUUAUUCAAAGUAUUGCAAGAUGCAAGGAUCAAAAUAACGGAGUCAGGUUACAUACCAGGACAAGCAUUUCCUACAGAACAAGCUCAGUUAGAAGCUUUAGGAAAUGUCUUAGAGAACACUGCCCUUUUUGGUGACAUUCUUCUUCGACUCCCUGAUAUAACAUACAAGGUUUAUAGUAAAUCUAAUGAGUGGAAACUUCUAGCUAGAUGGAGUGUUAGCUUCUGUAAUGAAACAAAAGUCUAUGAUGGAACAGACUCCAAGUUAUUAAAUUUGAUGGCACAAGAACUGAGGCUUGUACCAAGGGAUCCAAACUAUAUUAAUCCAUACAGAAACAUUGCACAGAAAGAGGAUUUGAAAAGUGAAAAGAGCAAACAAGAGGACACUUCUUUAAAGAAAAACAAAAAGAAAAAAGAAAAAAAGAAAAGGGGUCCUAGAUUAAGCCAUGCAGAACUGUAAACAUUAUGGUAUAAAAAGUGCCAAUAACUAUUGACAAAAUUACACUUA